UAGGCAGCAACAGAACAGCAACAUAUUCUUUCUUGCAGACCGAACAGAAAUGCUUUCUGAAAGCAAAAAUAUAUUGGAUGAGCUGAAGAAAGAAUAUCAAGAAAUAGAAAACUCAGAGAAGACCAAAAUCAAGAAAUAGCCAGCUUGAUUUUACAUAGCAAUGUGUGGCAUUUGUUGUGCAGUAAGCUUUUCUGUUGAGCAUUUUAGCAGAGAUUUGAAAGAGGAUUUACUGUGUAAUCUUAAGCGACGGGGGCCCAAUAGUAGUAAACAGUUCCUAAGGUCCAGUGUUAACUACCAGUGUUUAUUCUCUGGCCACGUCCUUCACUUACGAGGUGUAUUGACUGCCCAGCCUGUGGAAGAUGAAAGAGGCAGUGUAUUCCUGUGGAAUGGAGAAGUCUUUAGUGGGAUCAAGGUUGAAGCCGAAGAGAAUGAUACUCAAAUCAUGUUUCAUUAUCUUUGCUCUUGCAAGAAUGAAUCUGAUAUUUUGUCGCUCUUCUCAAAAGUCCAAGGUCCUUGGUCUUUUAUAUAUUAUCAAGCAUCUAGCCAUUCUUUAUGGUUUGGUAGGGACUUUUUUGGUCGUCGUAGCUUGCUUUGGCAUUUUAGUAACUUGGGCAAGAGUUUCUGCCUCUCUUCAGUUGGCACCCAGGCAUCUGGAGUGGCCGAUCAGUGGCAGGAGGUCCCAGCAUCUGGAAUUUUCAGAAUUGAUCUCAAAUCUGUUUCCAUUUCCCAGUCUGUCGUUUUAAAGUUGUAUCCUUGGAAAUACAAUUCUGGGGGGGAUGAUAGCAGAGAAUGUGUUAAUAGCCUGACUGAGAUUUCAGCAGACUUGCCAACAUUUGUCUUGGUGGCAGUAAAUGAAGCCAAACUGUAUCUUAAAGAACCUGUUGUCCCUUUAAAUAAGGCGUUGCCACAAGCUGCAUUUGAGACGCAUUGCAGCAGCAUUUCCAGGAGUCCACUGACAAGAGAGACCCUUCGGGUCUUUCUUACUGAUGGACACACGAAGGAAGUAGUUCAGCAGUUCAUUGGUGUCCUGAGCAUCGCAGUCAAGAGACGUGUCUUGUGUUUACCUAGGGAUGAAAACCCCGCACCAAGCGAAGUUUUGAAAACUAAUAACAGGAAAGCAAAUGUCGCAAUUCUGUUUUCUGGAGGGAUUGAUUCCAUGGUCAUCGCAGCCCUUGCUGACCAUCAUAUUCCUUUAGAUGAACCAAUUGAUCUUCUUAAUGUGGCUUUCAUGACUAAAGAAAAGACUGUACCAGUUAAUUUUAACAAAAAAGGGAGAAAACAGAAAAAUCAUUGUGAAAUACCCUCUGAAGAAUUCUCCAAAAGUGCUGCUGCUGCUGCUGCUGCCGCCGCCAGCCCGAGUGAACAGUUCAAUGUACCAGAUCGAGUCACAGGAAGAGCAGGACUGAAGGAACUGCAAGCUGCCAACCCUUCACGGAUUUGGAAUUUUGUUGAAAUUAAUGUUUCUCUAGAAGAACUGCAAAGAUUAAGAAGAACUCGAAUAUCGCACUUAAUCCAGCCCUUGAAUACAGUCCUGGAUGAUAGCAUUGGCUGUGCAGUCUGGUUUGCUUCCCGAGGAGCUGGCUGGUUAGUGACCCAGGAUGGAGCACGGCCGUAUCAGAGCAGUGCAAAGGUAGUUCUUACUGGGAUUGGUGCUGAUGAGCAGCUUGCAGGUUAUUCUCGUCAUCGGGUCCGCUUCCUGGCACAUGGGCUGGAAGGACUGAAUAAGGAAAUUGAAAUGGAACUGGGUCGAAUUUCCUCUAGAAAUCUUGGUCGUGAUGAUAGAGUUAUCAGUGAUCAUGGAAAAGAAGCAAGAUUUCCUUUCCUGGAUGAAAAUGUUGUCUCCUUUCUAAAUUCCCUACCAGUCUGGGAAAAGGCAAACUUGACUUUACCCCGUGGAAUUGGUGAAAAACUAAUUUUGCGUCUUGCAGCAGUGGAACUUGGUCUAACAGCCUCUGCUCUUCUGCCAAAGCGGGCCAUGCAGUUUGGAUCCAGAAUUGCAAAAAUGGAAAAGAAUAAUGAAAAGGCAUCUGAUAAAUGUGGAAGGCUCCAAAUCAUCUCCUUAGAAAACCUUUCUGUUGAAAACUAGAUCUUUCAUAGUGUAACAACAUUUACUGAAUGGUAGUUUUAAAAUACUCUGCUGCUUUAUUAUUGCAUAAUGUGUUUUUAAAGUUCAUUACAUGAAUUUUUAUAUAACUUUGUAGAGUAGUGCAACCAAUUUAAUCAAAUUGAUACUCCAGAGAAAGAGAUUACACUUGAAAGAACAACCUGGAUAUUUUAAACUGUGAUAUUAAUAUUGUUUUGAACUCUUACAUGGUUAUGUCCCACCAGCGCCACUGAAAAAAGGCAGCUUUUAUGGACUCUCUUCAUGGUAGCUACAUCCAGAAAUACUAGUAACUCAAUUUGUUAUUCUUUAACAGACGAGAGAACUAAGGCUUUUGAGGUUCACACUCCUGAGUGAUGUGUGGUACAUCUCUUAAGACAGCUCACGGCCCUGCUCCGAGAACUUUUGAAGACUAUUUUGAAUAUUCUCCUGUCCCACAGAUCUCUAAUGUCCCUCUGUUUUCCCAUUGUCAGUUCAUGACCUGGGCGUUUCACAGAGAAAUCAAAAUCAAGCCAAGGACGACUUGGUUUUCCCACACCAAAAGUCCUAAUUUACCUGUGUGUGCACCCAUCCUUUUCUCCCUUCUUGCUAUUAGAGAAAUGUAUUUAAAAUGUUCUAAUAUAUACCAAUUUAAAAUGCAUAUCCCUGGUCCUGCAUCUUCCAUCUCUUGCCUCCCAUUCACCUUCACCCUUUCAACCUUUUUACCUAUUUACUGAAGUUCACUCCAACCAGACUUCCACCCACAGUAUUCAUUCGUGACCAUGAUACCAAGGUCACAUUUGGCAUCCAUCCCCGCUUAGGGCUGACACCCUUUCUAGGUCUGGACACACUGUGGUUCUCCUAAGUAUAGUGGGAAAGAAAGGAUACUAGCAGGCGUGUGUCAGGGCUUUCCAGCUGGCUCUAGUGGUAAAGAACUUGCCUGCCAAUGCAGGAGACGUAAGAGACGUGAGUUCGAUCCCUGUUAGGAAGCUCUCCUGGAGGAGGGCAUGGCAACCCACUCAACAGUAUUCUUGCCUGGAGAUUCCCAUGCACAGAGGAGCCUGGUGGGCUACAGUCCAUAGAGUCACACAGUUGGACACAACUGAAGCAACUUACCACAAGCAUGUGUCAAAAGAUUUUCACACGCUCUGAAUUUAUUUCCCAUCAAAUGCACUGUUCAAACCAGAUUCAGAUAUUACCUGAAUAGCUUUCAACUGGACGACUUCGUGGUCCUGAGCACUAAAUUGAUGCUCCUAAUGAGAGGAGAUAAACUUGAGGUUUGCCCUGCACCCCAGAGUUCAGUGUAAUGAUUUUUAUAACAGUAUAGUUCAAUACUAAAGAUACCAGGCACUAGUCUGAAUUUUACGUGUAUUAAUUUAAUCAACUGAAUCUCUAAAGGGAAUCUCUUGUUCACUUGUUCUGGCAGGAUACUCUGUGCAUGUUUUUUGGUUUUUGGUUUUUGUUCCGUCCCCAAAGGGCCUGAUUUUUUACAACUUUUUUGAUACCUAACCCCAUAAACUGGAAUGAAAUUCUGUUAAUCCUUCAAACAAAGCAAAAGUCUUUCCCAAGAUCCCACAUAAAACAAACUAUCUGCAUACCUGAACAAAACCUUUUAGGUAAAGAAAUUUACAUUACUAAUACUUCAUAAGUGCAAACAUGCAAUUCCUAAAGAAGACCGUGGUUUGACAUCCCUUGCCCUGGGAAAGCAAUAACAAAUUUACUAAUACUACCACCACAGCAGCUAAAAUAAUGACAUGGUUGGACUAAGAGAAAUUCUACCUUCAAACAGUUAAGCAAAACCCUGCUGCUGCUGCUAAGUCGCUUCAGUCGUGCCCGACUGCGACCCCAUAGACAGCAGCCUACCAGGCUCCGCCCACGGGACCCUAGGCAAGAACACGGGAGUGGGUUGCCAUUUCCUUCUCCAAUGCAUGCAUGCAUGCGUGCUGUGUCACUUCGGUCAUCUCUGACUCUGUGUGAUCCCACAGACAGCAGCCCACCAGGCUCCUCCAUCCCUGGGAUUCUCCAGGCAAGAACACUGGAGUGGGUUGCCAUUUCCUUCUCCCACCAAAACCCCCUCUGUUGCUAAAUUCAGUGAAAGCUUUGGGUUCUCAUCUCCCUUGACCUAGAGCAGCAUGCAGUGAAGUUGGCUUCUGUGACCACACUUGGCUUUCUGCUCUCCUGGCUGCUCGCUGUUGGUAUUCUUCCCUGGCUCCACCCUCUCCACAUGACCUUUAAAUAAAUCCCUCAGGUCUCCAUCCUGAGUCAAGUCUCUAUUCUCUUUCAUGGUGAUUCCAGCCAUUUCCCUGGCUUCAUUUACCCUAAGCCAGCCCGAGUGUAUUCAUGUAACCCAAGUUGCUGCUUUGAACUCAGACCUUUGUAUCUAAGGCACAUCUGACAUCUCUGCUUGGUUCUCUCACAGGUAAAACUGAACUCUUAAUCUUGCCCUGAUCCUGCAUGUCUGACAAACUUAGGUGUCGCUACAUGACCACCUUCUUUUUAAACUUUCCCACUACUCAAUCUGUUACCAAUCAGCUCUCCGUACUUCUCAAACGCCCCUACUCAAGCCUGUACCUACCCUCUACUGCCAAAAAUCAAGCCCAGACUCUUGGGAUAAAGUUCAGAAUCUUUAGCCCUCACCUACCUCCUCAUCAUAUUUUUGUGUCCACGUCUUUCUUGUUCUCCAUACAGAGUUUUGUUCCAUUGCUCAAAAGUUGAACUUUUUUCUCAGCUCAGUUGCUCGUCACCUGUUGCUCCCUAUCCUCGGAAAGCUGCUUCUCCAACUCUCUGCGUGGAUAGAUCUUUCUCAGGCUCAGCUUAAAAGAUCACUUCCUCAGGGCAGCCUUUCC